AUGAUUUUCACACAAAUUAACGACAAUCGUACAUAUGUUGAAGCUAGAUGGAAACCAGCUUUAUUAUAUAUUGGAAUUCCAUUGCAAACUAGAUAUUACUUGGAGCAAACAUCUGAUAAUGGUACAUUUGAUAUGUUAGACGGUAUUUUACAACUUUAUAGAGGCGAAGCGUACAUUUUAUCAAAUAAUGAAAAUAUAACAGUAAUGUAUACAUGUCGUUAUACUGAAGGACUUAUACCAUUGUACUCACAGGAUGUACUUGUCUUAUCACAAAAUACAGUUUAUGCACCAGAUGAUCAAGAAGCUGUCAAAGCAGUUCUUAAAGAUAAUGAAUUAGACUAUGGAUUUCUCCGGAAUGUAGAACAAGGUCGAGAAGAAUGCACGCAAAUUUUAAAACUUGAUUAA